AUGGAUAUAAGUGAGAAAGAUGAGUUUCCUGGAGAUAAGAGGAAUGGUGUUGAUAGUACUGUGAACUAUGAUUCGGUUAAUAAUCCGCCUGUAGAUUGGCGAAUCUCUGGAGGUUCUAAUCCGGUCUCUGCGUCGAUUGAUUCAUAUCCUCCACAGAAUCUGAUUUCACCUUGUCCUUCGUCUUGUUCUCCAUCUCAAAUGAUGGAUUCUUUUGGGCAAACUCUUUGGUAUGAUCCAACUAAUGUUCAGGCUGUUGGUUAUGGCGGUUUUAAUGGCGGUAAUGCGUCCUCAUCUUCGUUUAGGGGUAAUAUGGAUAGAUCUCUAGAAAUGGGUUGGAAUCUGCCUAAUCUGUUGCCUCCUAAAGGCAACGGUCUUUUCUUGCCAAAUGCGAGUAGCUUCCUGCCUCCGAGUAUGGCUCAGUUCCCGGCGGAUUCGGGGUUUAUAGAGCGUGCUGCGAGGUUUUCGCUCUUUAGCGGUGGCAAUUUUAGUGAUAUGGUGAAUCAACCACUUGUGAAUCCUGAGUCGAUGGGUUUGUUUCUUCAAGGUGGUGGAACAAUGCAAGGGCAGUGUCCGAGUAAUGAACUAAAUGUUGGUGAAGCUCACAAUGAUGCAUCUACAACAUUGAAAGACCCACAUGUUAGAUCUAGUGAACAAGGUAAAUCGAGUGUUCCUGGAUCGGGAAAUGUAUCCGAGGAUACUCAGUCUAGUGGUGGUAAUGGUCAGAAAGGCAGGGGAACUUCUUCCAAAGGCUUUGACUCAAGGAAGAGGAAAAGAAAUGGACAGAUUUCCGAAGCAGAUCAAUCACACAGAUCUCAACAAUCGGAGGAAGAACCAGACAACAAUGGUGAUAAAAAGCGGAACAAUGAUCAAAGUCCAAAUUCAACUGGCAAUAAAACAAACAGUGGGAAACAACAGGGCAAACAAACGUCUGAUCCUCCAAAAGAUGGAUAUAUUCAUGUGCGGGCACGAAGAGGCCAGGCAACAAAUAGCCACAGUCUUGCAGAAAGAGUAAGGAGAGAAAAAAUUAGUGAAAGAAUGAAGUUUCUUCAAGAUCUUGUACCAGGUUGCAACAAGGUGACUGGGAAGGCAGUUAUGCUUGACGAAAUCAUAAACUAUGUGCAGUCACUACAACGUCAAGUCGAGUUUUUAUCGAUGAAACUUGCAACGGUGAACCCACAAAUGGACUUUAACCUUGAAAGUCUUCUCGCAAAAGAUGCACUUCAACUACGAGCUGGUUCGUCUUCUGCAACACCAUUCCCCCAAAAUAUGCCAAUGGUUUAUCCUCCUCUACCACAUGGAUUUAUGCAGCAGACCCUUUCCAACAUCGGAAGGACCAUUAGCUCUCCAUUGUCUCCCAUGAAUGGUGGAUUCAAGCGACAGGAAACAAAUGGAUGGGAAGGUGAUCUGCAAAAUGUGAUCCACAUUAACUAUGGUGCUGGUGAUGUCCCACCUGAUCCUCAAGCAGCAGCUACAGCAUCUCUUCCAACUGCAAACAUGAAGGUUGAGCCUUAA